AUGAAUCAAAAGCAAAGUAUCUCCUAUGUUAUUUCUAGCCAAAGUACUAGUCAACAAAAAAAUUAUAGGAUAAGGUUGACUGUGGUGCUAGACUGUACUAGAUUCCUCUUGAUACAAGGAUUGCCAUCUCAUGGUCAUGACGAAUCCAAAGAGUCUCUUAAUAAAGAGAAUCUAAUUGAGCUACUAAAUUGGUAUGCAUCUCGUCGUAAGAAAAUUAAUGAAAUACUAUUUAGUAAUGCUCCUAAAAAUGACCAAAUGACUUCACCAAGCAUCCGUAAAGAUUUGAUUAAUUAUUGUGCUAUAGAGACGACAAGGUCUAUGAUCAAUGAGAUGGGUAAUUCUUUGUUUUCAAUUUUGGUUGAUGAGUCUCGUGAUAAUUAUAUAAAAGAACAAAUGGCAGUUGUUUUGAGGUUUGUUGACAAAAGUGGGCAAGUAAAGGAGCAUUUGUUGGGCAUUUCCCACAUCGCUGAUACUUGUGCCCAAUCACUAAAGGAUGUUAUUGAUGCAAUGUUUUCUACACAUGGGUUGAGCAUAUCUAGCCUGAGAGGUCAAGGUUACGAUGGAGCAAGCAAUAUGUCAGGUGAGUUCAAUGGCUUAAAAGCUUUAAUUUUAAGAGAGAACCCUUGUGCUAUGUAUGUUCAUUGCUUUGCUCACCAGCUUCAGUUGGCAGUUGUUUCUAUGGCACACAGGAAUGUUAUGCUUAGUGAUUUAUUUAACAUGUUUGCUAUUAUUGUGAAUUUGGUCGGUGCAUCAUGUAAACGUGUAGAUGCUCUUCGAAUAAGUUAUCAUUCUAAAAUUCUGGAGAGACUCAAUAUUGAGGAACUUUCUGGUGGAACUAGUUAG